AUGCCCGUCGACCCGGAAGAACUCAGCAGGGUCGCUGCCGAGGCGGCAACUCAUCUUGAAAGAGAGGACCAGAGGCGGCAAAGACGGGAAAGGAGACGAGGCCAACAACCACACGAGAGACGAGCCGGCCGAAAUGACGGCGACAAGACUCGCAGAUCAUCGCCGUCUCCCGGGGGAGUAAGCCACGACGCGUCCGAAGCCAGCCACACACAGUUGGUGCUCAAGACAUGCGUCAUCGUCUUCAAGUGCCUGCUGUGGCCGUGCAGGCUUGUGAAAGGCGUCCUGGGUAGGAAAUGGGUCCUGGUCCCUGCUACUAUUGCCGUCUGCGUGUGGUGUGCCGCGCUCUUCGUCGAGGGGGUGUUGAUAUCGGCGGCGGAACUCGCAACAACUCUACACCUCGGCUGGCUCCUCUCUGCCGCGGGCUUCCAGACCCCAACGGCCCGGACGGCAAACGGCCCGGCCGCCGUCCCGCACUCGACAGGCCAGGUCCAAGGCCAGGGCUAUGGAGCAGACUUGGCGGUCAGGGACUCGGACUACUUGGGCCAGGUCCGAGAUAUGUCGUCCAACAUCCAGUACCUGUCCCAGAUCCAGGUCUAUAGCCAGGUCAUGUCGCCCGUCGCCCGUUUUAUUAGCGAUUCGUUCCGGACGUUUGUCGACUCUAGUAGGCAAACCAGCUUCACAGCCGCCAACGCGCAUGCUGCUGCCGCUGACAACCUGGGAGAGGAGUGGAGCCAGUUCUGGAGCGGCAUCAGCAUGCGUGUUAACACGCUCUCGGAGCAGAAUGACCAGUACAAAAGGCACGUAUCGAUAGACCAGGUUGGCCAGUACCGACAGGCUCGCCUCCUCCUCCGCCGCAUCCAGACAAGCUCGACCAUCUCGGGGGGCCAGGACAAUUUGAACGGGCUCAGCUGGACGAGUCCAAGAAGCUGGCCGACAUGGGCUCCCAGGUACCUCUGGGCCGAGCUUGUAAAGUCAUGGAAGCUGGUGGCCGGGCAAAUUUGGGUGUCGACAGAGCAGCAGGCCCUCAUGGGGUACGCCAAGACGUUGGCGAGCCUGAUCGAGAGCAGCAAGGCGUCAGGCGUCCACCUAGCUUCUAUAUUCUCGGACGAGGCUUCUUUAUCCUCGGGCGAGGGCAACGACUCGAGAGCUAGGCGACCGCUCCACUUGACACUCUGCGAGGUGGAGCAUUUCUUUCAGGAGGCAUUAGACGCCUGCGAUUGGAAGAUAAAGGACCACCUCCUGGAGAUGGACGGGGCGAGGACUGCCGCCGCCGAUGUCGAGAUGACAACGAAGACGAUGACGACGAGGUACGGCGAGUAUUCCCUUGCCGCCGCGCACCUGACGGGCUACCAGUCUGCCGGGGCGGUGCUAUGCGUCGGGGGCAUGGACACUUGGGAAGUCGUCGGGAGGAUGUCGGAUGCCGCGGGCGAGUGGGUGCAGACGCUCGACAGGGUGGCGGGAAAUGUCGACUGGAUCCUUGAGAGGCUGGAGCGUCGGCCGAUGAAGGAUUCCGAGACGGGCGAGGUCGAGGCCGAGCUCGUCCACUACAUCGGGCGAUAUAUGGAGGCCUUGGAAGACUUUGUUUCGUGA